GCCCCAGCCGCCGCGGCAGCUCCAGCGGCAGCAGCGGCGGGCGGCGGCGGCGGCAGUAGCAGCAGUCGCAGGAGCAGCAGGAGCAGCAGCAGCAGCAGCAGCAGCUUGUUGAUUUCGGGGUUGGUGAAUUUCGCCGGCUGCACACAGCACUUUUCCGGCCCAGGAGCGGGGCAGGAGCACAGGGGGCCCGCGGCCAAGGCCAGGGCCCGGACCCCGCGCCCGCCGCCGCUGCCUCUGCAGCCGCCUUGAAGGCUCCGGGAGGCGGGGAGCGGCUGAAUCCCCGCGGGCAGGCUCCGGGCCGGGGCGCCCCUCGCCCACUUGCAAGCUUGCACUGGCGCGCACGCCUCGGCUCAGCCUCCGCGGGGAGCUCGGCUCGGCCCCAGCAGGCAGUCCAGAGCGCGCAGGAGGGAGGCUGAGGCUGAGCCGCCGCCGCCGCCAGCACCACGUCCAGGGAGCGGCCGGAGGCCGGGACUGGGGUCGGGGCCGGGGUCGGGGCCGGGGCUGGGGCCGGGCCAGGGGCGGGGAAGCGCCUUGCGCGGAGGCUCCGGGGCAUUUUGCGUGAAGAUGGCGGCUCCCGUGGCCAACAAGGCUGGCUCUGGCUCUGGCUCUGGCUCCAGCUCGGGCUCGGGCAGCCACAAGCCCGCCUUCCCGGAGCUGGAUUUCCGCUCGGGGGCCCGCAUCGAGGAGCUGAACAAACUCAUCCAGGAAUUCACCCGGCACGACCAGCGCGAGUACGACGACCAGAGGGCCCUGGAGAUCCACACGGCCAAGGACUUCAUCUUCUCCAUGCUAGGGAUGGUGCAGAAGCUGGACCAGAAGCUGCCGGUGGCCAACGAGUACCUGCUGCUCUCGGGGGGCGUCCGGGAAGGCGUGGUGGACCUCGACCUGGACGAGCUGAACGUCUACGCCCGGGGCACCGACUACGACAUGGACUUCACCCUGCUGGUGCCGGCCCUGAAGCUGCACGACCGCAACCAGCCCGUGACGCUGGACAUGCGCCACUCGGCCCUGUGCCACUCGUGGCUCAGCCUGCGGCUCUUUGACGAGGGCACCAUCAGCAAGUGGAGGGACUGCUGCACCGUGGCCGACCACGCCAGCGGGGCCACCAACUACUUCUUCUCGCCCAUCAAGGUGGCCGAGUGGUUCUACGACUCCAUCCGCGUGGUGCUGUCCGAGGUGCAGAAGAAGCCGCAGCGGGGCAUGCCGCGCGUGGACAAGGUGGAGAAGAGCGGCACCAUCCUGUCCAUCAUCCUGGGCGUGGGCAGCAGCCGCAUGCUCUACGACAUCGUGCCCGUGGUGUCCUUCAAGGGCUGGCCGGCCGUGGCGCAGAGCUGGCUCAUGGAGAACCACUUCUGGGACGGCAAGAUCACGGAGGAGGAGGUCAUCAGCGGCUUCUACCUGGUGCCCGCCUGCUCGCACAAGGGCAAGAAGGACAACGAGUGGCGGCUGUCGUUCGCGCGCAGCGAGGUCCAGCUGAAGAAGUGCAUCUCGAGCAGCCUGAUGCAGGCGUACCAGGCGUGCAAGGCCAUCAUCAUCAAGCUGCUGUCGCGGCCCAAGGCCAUCAGCCCGUACCACCUGCGCAGCAUGAUGCUCUGGGCCUGCGACCGGCUCCCCGCCAGCUACCUGGCGCAGGAGGACUGCGCCGCCCACUUCCUGCUGGGCCUCAUCGACGACCUGCAGCACUGCCUCGUCAACAAGAUGUGCCCCAACUACUUCAUCCCGCAGUGCAACAUGCUGGAGCACCUGGGCGAGGACACGGUCAUGCUGCACGCGCGCAAGCUCUCCUCCGUGCGCUCGGACCCCGCCGAGCACCUGCGCACGGCCAUCGAGCACGUCAAGGCGGCCAACCGGCUGACCCUGGAGCUGCAGCGGCGCGGGAGCGCCACCAGCAUCCCCUCCCCCCAGUCCGACGGGGGCGACCCCAACCAGCCCGACGACCGCCUGGCCAAAAAGCUGCAGCAGCUGGUGACCGAGAACCCGGGCAAGUCCAUCUCGGUCUUCAUCAACCCCGACGACGUCACCCGGCCGCACUUCAGGAUCGACGACAAGUUCUUCUGAGCUUCCGGCCGCCUCGGUUCUUCCCCGGGUUCGAGCCCACCGUCUCCGCGGAGUUUAGUGUGUGUCUGCGUGCGGGCUCUUUCGCUCUCUCUCGCGCUCGUCCGGCACAGGCUGGCUCCGUCGGGAACGGCCUCCCCACAGAAGGCUUCCGCUCUCCCGGUGGACCUCGGACCUUCCUCUUCCUCCUCGUCACCGUCACCGAGGGGGUCUGCUUGGGGGGCCAGCCGGGCCAGGGGGCUUGUUUGCUUUCUUCAGACAACUUGAGCCAUAGCUGCGGUCGUGCCCACGGCCUUGCUGGCCACCUUCGUUCCCCUCCGUCCCUCCGUCCCUCCCCUGGUGUGCCGCUCUGGCGGCGGCGGGGAAGCUCUCCUCCCCUACGAGAAAUCUAUUUUUAUUUGGGGCUUUUUUAUUUGUCAUGAGCUUCCAUCUCGGAACGCCAGAGAGAAGGCGGGAGGAGCAGCGCCUUGGAUCAGCCUUGCUGAUGGCGUCGCUCGGGGCCUUCUUCCCCCUUUUUAAUCCACCAAGAAAACCCAGACUCGGAGAGCCGUUCAUGGCUACUGACUCGUAGCCGUGGAAGCCGCCUCUGUGAAUGUAGUCAUCCUCGAGCCCAGCCGCGCGGCCGAGCUUUCCAGGUGGACUGCGGUGCCCGAGCGCUCGUCGUGCUGUCAUUAUUUGAAGCCUUAUUUAAAUCCUAUUAAAGAACAUACCAUCGUCCAUGUUAUUUGCACUAAUGAAAUCUCUGCCAUUGUCUUCGUCCUUGUGUGUGUGUGUGCGCGUGUCUGUGUGUGUGUGUGUGUGUCCGUCCACCUCCCUCGAUGACCAUCUGCUGGUGAAAUGCAGCCUCACCCUGGAGGUCCUCCUGGAACCACACUGGAACGCUCCUGGGCAUCCGUCGUGUUCUCCUGAGACACGUGGUGAGGAACGGCCCAAAGCUCGGCUCCAGGGGUGCCUCCUCCGUCCGCUGUGCCCGCUGCUCCGCGGCAGAGUGGGCACGGCACGGCCCUGGACGUCCGGCCUCACCCUACACUCGGUGCCAGCCCUUCGGGGCAGACGUCUCGCUGACUGGAAAGCCUCUGUGUCAAGCGCGGACUCUGCCUCUUCUGUACUGCAGACGUAACUGCCGCCCUGCUCGGGCUGAGGCCUCGGUCAGCUUUCCUCGGCGACCUCCCUCCUCCAGACUGCGGCGGGUCUCGCCUUGGCGGAAGCGGGGCUUGGCAGCCUUGGGGUUUGCAUGGGAAUUCGUGUUAUGCUUCUAAAAGAGAAUGAACUUAGUGAACCACCUGAAGUCAAAGACAGGGCAAACGAUAAUAAAAUAAUAGACAUUU